UUUGUUUGGAGGUUUACCUAUAUGAAAGAAAAUGGCGGUUUUCAAUAGUUAGUAGUCGGAAACAGUGAAAUGGUACACAGAAUAUCAUCGCAUUGAUUCAUAUUAAUAAUUUAGCUGCGUAUUGUAGAUCCCAAGUUAAUAGCACUUCUGUAUUUCUUGAUGUGCCCCAGUGCCCAAAGUCCACAUGGCUGAAGACUUCAAACUUGCUACUGCUGGAGAUGACAUCAAAGUGUGGGACCUGAAGAGUUUCUCGGUUACUGAACAGUACAACCCGCAUACCAGUGGGAUCUCCGACAUCUGCUGGAGUCACAACAAUCAGUUGAUUGCCAGUGCUUCAACAUGUGCUGAUAAAGUGGUCCUAAGUUUUGUCAAAAACAAGGCUAGUUCUGUCAUAGAAGUUGCAGAAAAUUCGAAACCUACCUGUGUAACACUGAAUAGUAAUUCAAGAUAUCUUGCUAGUGCUGGCAAGAAUCAACUUGUUCAAGUAUGGGACACAAAAUCUUGCAAGUUAAAGAAAACCUACAAGGGCCAUCAAGACACCAUCAACUGUGUCCGGUUCAACUGGAACGACACAUACUUAGCUUCAGGGUCUGCAAACGGAGAGAUUUAUCUGCACAAUGUGGUGUCAGGCAUUGCAAGUAAACCGCUGGUGUCACCAGGCACUCAGUCUAUUCAACAACUCGGCUACUCCUACUUCAAGAAAUCAUUAUUGGCAGCGGUCUCAGAUGAUGGCGCUUUGAACCUUUGGGACAGCAAUGCAAGUAAAUCUGUCGCCAGUUUUACCGAUUCCCACCGAGCACCUGCUACUGCCCUUAGCUUCUCUCCUGUAAACGACAUGUUGCUUGCCAGUGCAGGCUUAGACAAAAGAAUAGUUUGUUACAGUGUACAAGCUAAAAGCACAAUCAAGACCAUCACGGCCGAAGCUCCCCUCACGUCCAUGGCAUUUGCCACGGACGGUGCCACCUUAGCGGCAGGCACAACACGGGGUAAAGUACUGGUGUACGACUUACGAAUGGGUGCAUUACCGAUAAGAACUCUCAAUGCGCAUAAAACCUCAGUGCAAGCAGUAGCAUUCUCUAAAGCUAUGAACAACAAGAGUGAAACAAUAAGCGCAGAUUCAAAGGCAUCACGAAGCAAGUUGAUCGCUGGUGAACCUCAAAUUACAUCAGCAGUCAAGAACGGCUUGAAACCAGGUAAACAGGAGACAAAAGAAAUCACACAGAACGGCUCUGCAGGAAUACAGCCAUCCUCCGAUACCCUCACCAGAAAGGACAACCAAAGUGCAGAUGUGGUAUUCUCACCAAUCAGAGAAGGUACAACUUUGGCUACCAAGGAUUCUCUAUCAAAUGGUUUAUCUACCAGGCCAGAGGUUCUAGGAAAGGCAUCAACCCCCAAGACAGAUAGCAUAGGAGGUGUGUUUUCACCUCUGGCAGAAACUAGCAGUGUCCCUCAUACAAGAGGCAAUCCCGUUGGUUCAGUCAGCAUAAGCCCCACCUCCUAUCAAGCAAAACAGCCAACCACCGGUGAUGUGACAAUAGGGCCUGGCAGCACAACAGGUCUAUCUACUCCUACAACGAUGAGUCCCAGGAGUACACAUGUGGGUCUGUCACCCAGGCACAAUAGAAAAAGUCCAAGUCGGUCAUCUGUUGGAACGUUGGACCUGGACACCUCGCAGUUUAAAGUGAAUGCUUCCAGUUCCAGCAAGCUGGAAAGUCCACGGCUGGAAGAGGCAUUUCCUAGGCCUGACAUGACCAAUAGCAAAGCAGAUGCUAAUGAAGACAUAAAUGUAGUUUCAGCAAGAAGAUCCUCCGAACCGUUUGUUCCUGCCAAAAAUCCUUCCAGUAUUUCCAUACCACAUACCAACGGACCUACAGGGGAUUCAGUGAGUGCGGGCGCCAAGCAAUAUACCACAGCACCUGCAAGUCAAGCUGGAGGAUUUCAAUCAUUUCAAAUUGAUUUUAUUAAAAAUAUGAUUGAUGAUUCUUUGGAAGAAGUUAGAGAUGCAAUCCACCGUGAUAUUCGUAAUCUUCAACUGGAGAUGUUAAGGCAAUUUCAAAUCCAACAGAGCCAAAUGCAAGUAAUGCUUGAAAAGUAUUCUGUAAAUGAAGGACUACUGAAUGAAAUUGAGAGAUUAAAAGAAGAAAACAAAUUAUUAAAAUCAAAAUAUUAAAUACAGUUACACAAGAAUAUCAGUGUUCAGAUGCCUUCCAGAUGUUCAAAUAUAUUCGUCUACCAGAGAAAUUAUUGGAAAUCAGAUGGUGGCUCACUUCACAAACAAAAUGUAAUCUUUAUCCGUCCACCCAAGGCCAUUUUGGAAACAAGAUUUUGGUGCACUUUAUGAUAAUAAUACAUCUUUUUCCGUCUACCCAACAAAAGGUUUUUGAGAUUCAAGUUUGGGGCAUAUUUAAUGAGAAUAAUCCAUCACACUAUAAUGGCAUUAUUUAUGAAAAUUGUCCAUGUUUAUCUGUCUACCACACUUUUUGGAAACAAAAUGAUAGUGUAAUUCAUGAUUAUUCUGUCUACAUUUAAUCCGUCUACCUAAGCAAGUAUUUGAAACAUGAUGGUGACAUAUUUUAGGAUAAACAUACGUCUUUCACAAUUUCAACAAAGAAGUAUUAGAAGCAAGAUGGUGGCUCUGUUAUAUAGUACACUUUCUUUAUCCGUCUAAGGCAGUCUAAAGAAACAGUGGUGGCACAAUUCAAAAAGUUGUUGAAGUCUUAUGAUUACAGUACAGCUGUUCAUUUGCAUACUUUGUGGGACCAUUUUGGAACCAUUCAUGUUAGAGACAGAACAUCAAUUUACAGGUCUCCUGCCUAUUAAAAACCACUUCUCUGACUGUAGUUUCCAUAGUCUUUAGCAGCUGUGGUCUCUAAUUAGAAUGAUAAAUAUAAAGACAUUUGUUAAUGGUCUUUAUUUGGAGGUGUUCUUUAAAUUGAGGGUUUUUAAUUGGAGGGAGGCCUGUAGUUUACUGUACUGAUACAAUAUUUAUGAGAUGUUAUUCAAAUGUUUGUCAGAUAUUUAUCUUUAUCCAAUAUCUGAGAACCAAAGACUCGGACAUGGUAAUGACAGAUAGGGAAUAGCCUCUAAAAGGAUUUAACGAUUACAAGAUAUUUAACUUGACUGAUUCAGGCUUGAAGUGAGGUUUCUCUAUCAUUUCUUAGUCUUCCAGGUAGCAGAUAGGUGUGUAUGAAAUGUAAAAAUGGCUUUAUGCAAGGUGGUUUUUACGGUUUUUACAACUUUAUGAAACGAUAAUGAAUACAGUACAUCUUCCCUGCAAAAUGUCUGUUUUGCACCCUACAGACUGUCUUGCCUCAGCCCCUUGUCAUUUACUAGUUCCAUAAAGCUGAGCACUGACUGCAUCGUACGACGGCCUGUGAGCGCUAGCCAAUGCAAUGCUGUCGGGAAAUUGUCGGUGGCAGCCUGAAUGAAUCAUUAAAAAUGAUCUGUUACACGUGCAUUGUCACGUUAUGUUCUUCCCAGAAUUGCAUUGACCGACAGUCACAGCGAGUGCCCAACUUUUUUCAUUUUUUUAUUAUUCUAGAGGCAAAUGUGGUGCGACAGGAAUAAGUUUAAAAUCCUAAUAUUAGUGAUGUAUUAACAGUGGCAUAUCUAGAAGUCUUGAAAUGGGGGUGCUGAUGUGGGGCACGAAGGUGAAGGGGGCUCGAUAAUCAGUUGAGGGGGGCUAACUCACAAAAUAAGGUGAUUUUUAACUACUUGCAAUUUAAUUUGGUUGGGGGGGGGGGCGCGUGCGAGUAAAUUUUGGAGAGGCGUGCACCCCCCCAGAUACGCCACUGUGUUGUAACUGUAUUCAUUAUUGUUCUCAUUAAAACUUGUGAUUGAUAAUUAGUACUUAAAUGAUAGUAUUUUGUAGAGAAAUCUGUUUAUAUUUAGUAUGGUAUGCAAUAAUUAGAAUAAAAAUGGUGUAACUAUCUAGGUGAAAGUAGAGGUUUAUGAUGAACUAUCAAAUUUGCAUCUGUGUAUUGAAAGCACCUUAGCAACAGUAACCAAGGGGUGGGGCUUAACAGAAAAUUCUAAUAAAAUUAAAAAUAAUGAAUUUGCAUAUUAUGCAAAUGCAUGGAACAAGUGGUUAAAAACAACCAAUCUGUAAUUGGAAGGUCUUGGGUUCAACUCCCAAAUGGAGAAAAUAGUUAAGGCUUUCUUACAAACUAUUGUUUUGAAAGCAAUACAGAAUUUAUAGGAACCUAACCCAAGAGAAACUUGCUCGAGCAGACCAAAAUAUUAAGUGCAUUUAUGUGGGACCAAUACAGCUGUUGAUUCAUUUAUAUUAUACAUUUCAUGACACUGACAUACACACAUGCAUUCAGUAAUGCAUACAAACAUACAGUACAUCCCCCAAGAUGUCAACAAACUACUUUUAAUGCAAUUAGUUGAGCUGAUAUUUUGUAUACAAUGAUUUAAAAUAUUAAUUUAAAAAAAACAUUUUGAUACAUAUUACAUCAUCUUUAAAAUAUUAAAUUUAAAUACUGGAAUAUAAAAUUUCAAUUUUCCAUUUAGAUCAAUUUGAAGAAAAGAGUCUUGCCACAUUUAAGAUCAUACUUUUUUAUAUCUCAAUUUAAGUUUGCUAGUUUGGACUAAAUAUUUUUAUAUCAAUUGAUGAGUCUAUCACUGAACAUGUAUAAGCAAUAAUUAAUUGUCGCUAUUUUAAAAUUAUGCCAUUGUUACCACGGUAACAUAACAUGUAAUUGUUACUCCGCAGCUUUUUCUGUAUAUGCUACUAUUGUAACAGUUCUUUGCUGUAGUAUUUUCUUUUUCAACCCACCACUUGUAUUAUAAUGUUUUAUUAUUAUUAUUAAAUA